GGAAGCAGAGAGGAUGUUCUCGUCUUCGUCCAGAAACUCUCUGUUCUCUCCCUGGUCGUCCAUGGAGCAGUCGGACUCUGAAGCGCUGGACAUCAGCACCAAGGUGCAGCUGCACGGCGUGCUGUGGAAGAGACCCUUCGGACGGCCGUCGGCCAAGUGGUCCCGCAGAUUCUUCAUCAUCAAAGACAGCUUCCUGCUUUACUACGCCGAGAGCGAGAAGAGGAACUUCGAGAGCAACAGGUACUUCAACAUCCACCCCAAGGGAGUCAUUCCUCUGGGAGGGUGUGCGGUGUCGGCCAAUGAAAACAUGGGGAUGCCCUUCGCCAUCGUGGUGAACCUGGAAGACUUUACUGGCACCAUCGUGCUGGCUGCUGAGUCGGAGGUGGAGCAGGUCCAGUGGAUGGAGAUGCUGCAGGAGUCGGGGAAAGUCACGUGGAAGAACUCCCAGCUGGGGGAGGCCAUGAUCGAGAGUCUGGAGGCUCAGGGGCUGCAGCUGGCCAAGGAGAAGCAGGAGUAUCUGGAUAAACUGAUGGAAGAGACGGAAGAGCUCAGUCAUCAAAGAGCUCAGAGAGAGGAGCUGGAGCGUCUGAACCAGGUUCUGGAGGAGGAGAAGAUGAAGUUUGAGGAGGUGGUGGUGGAGCUGAAGGCGGAGCAGGAACAUAUCAAACUAGACCUGGACGGCACCGCUCAGUCCCUGAAGGGUGUCGAGAGCGAGAAAGAGGAGCUGAGCAGUUUGACCGUCCUGCUGCAGAAGUCCAUCGAGGAGCUCUCUCAGGAGAAGCAGAGAACUCUGGAGCUGCUGGGGCUGAAGGAGCAGGACGAGGACGAGGAGGCCGAGGCUGCGGCGGAGAGCACGGUCUGCAGGAAGUCUGAGGACCGCGAGGAUCCCGGAGACGUGGACCUGCUGAAGGACCUGCGACACAUCGAGGAGCAGAUGAAGAACCUGCUGAAGGAGAAGGUGCAGGCUGAGCACAAGCUCAGGGACAACGAGCAGCGUGCUCAGAUCCUGCAGCAGGAGCGAGAGUAUUACUCGUCGCAGGCGCAGGCGCUGCAGCAGUCGCUCUCUCAGCUCACGGUGGACAAGCAGCAGACCGAGGCGGAGCUCAAGGCGGAGAUCGAGUCUCGGGUGGAGCUGGAGAGCAGACUGAAGCAGGCUGAAGAGGCUCUGCAGGAUCUGGAGAAAGGUCUGGAGUCACUGGAGCGGACCAAAGAGGGAGACGAGAAGAUGAAGGGGGGGGUGACUCAGCUGAGGAGAUUCUUUGAGGACUGUAUCAGUGCAGCAGAGAUCGAGGCGAAGCUUCCAGCCAUAAUGAAGAACGCCGUGUAUCUGCACAAAGCUGCUGCUCGCAGGAUCAAGAGCUGCAGGAUCCAGAGGCCCGCGUCCAGACGCCACUGGUUGAAACACUCCAAGUCCUUCGCCGUGGCGAGCUCCGACGGCAGCAGCAUGGAGGAGCUGAGGGAGACGGCCCGACGCCUGACCUCCGACAGCAGCUUCAGAGAGAGUGUGUACAAGAUCAUGGCUCGUAAGGACGCCACGACUAAAAGUGAGGACUGACAGGAGCCGGUCCUCCGCUCCACUGACGUAGACGUCCUGAUCCCUAACCCUCCGUUCAGAUACUGUCCAGGCUUGAUGUUUGUAAAACACUCCCGAUUACUUCCUGACUUUAGUUUCUGGAACUGUGUCUGUGGAAAGUGAUGACUUCUGACUGCAUCGAGCCACAGAGGAGUGAAACCUCUCGUGUGUUCAGUGAGAAGACCGCGUGAUGUCACAUCUCAGCCACAUCUGCAGUUCCUCUUGUAGUUCUUAGUUUGCUAUUUUAAAAACGCCGGCUUUGUGCAGGAGGUCACAUGACGUAGAGACGAGUCUCUUUGACCAAUCAGAGGUCUGCAGCUUCUUAAUGUCUCUUGACGUGUGAGAGCAGCUGUUCUAAAACAAAUACUACUAUAAUAUAUAUCUAUAAUAUAUUCACAGUAUACAAAGUAUCGAGCAGACAAUGCAGACCCAUCUUAUAAAAUGUUUUAUUCUUCUGGUUUUGAUUGUAUGAACAGGUCGUGUCCUUUACUUUAACACAGGUGUUCUGAAACACUGAACUCACACGUGGGAUUUCCACCUUCACCAUUUCAUUAUUGCUACAUCUGAAGAAUCCUCGACGAAGCAACUCGAUGUAAUCACUGACGCAAGCAUUUAUGAUGAUGGUACAAAUGAUAAGUUAACAGCAGAAAAGAAGCACACGUGUCAGGGGACAUGAUACGCACUGAACAACAUGCCUGAUGCUAAUAAAGCUGUUUGAACCUCGUA